UUUUCAAACGCAUUGAAAAACGAAGUCGUGAAUACUGUUUAGACAAGCACCAAAAUCGACACCAGAGUAACGAUGGCGACUCUGGAUUCCGAUGUACCGAUGAUUCCGGUCGGCGACGGUUCCUCAUCGGCAUCUUGUUCUUCAAAAAAGAGUAAAUGUUUCGAAAUUAAAAAAUGGAACGCCGUCUCUCUUUGGGCAUGGGAUAUUGUUGUUGAUAAUUGUGCUAUCUGCCGUAACCAUAUUAUGGAUCUCUGCAUUGAGUGCCAAGCUAACCAGGCUAGUGCUACCAGCGAAGAAUGCACUGUUGCUUGGGGUGUUUGUAACCAUGCAUUUCACUUUCACUGCAUCAGCCGAUGGCUUAAGACUCGCCAAGUGUGUCCAUUGGAUAAUAGUGAAUGGGAGUUCCAGAAGUACGGACAUUAGAAUAUGUGGCAUGCCACUUUCUUUAAUGAAUUGUUGCUCGUUCCUUCUAUAUGAUUUGCUAAAGAGAAACUUAUUCAUCAGCUCUACAGAAGCAAUUUAGCUGUAUGGUGUAGGAUUUAACAUUUGGUACAAAAUUGAGAUGUAUGAUGUAUAUCUGAUCUGUUAGGUUUGUGUCUGUUGGUAUUAGCCAGUCUCCUUCUUUGGAACAGACAUGCUUUUAUCAGAUCUAAUCUCAUUCGCUUGAGCUUUACCAGACAUGCUAUUUCAGAUGUUUGCUGAACAUUAUCGUUGUAUGAUUUGUAGAAAUUUAAAGCUACCCCAAAAUGUUGCUUUAUUUGAUUGA